AUGAACCGCCAGGGCAGGGACUGGCAAAACUGGAGCAAUGACGGGCUAGCAUUUACCAAUGAGCGGCGACCAUUGGUCCAUGAGGAUAAAGGCUCCUCUGGUAGCGACCCUCGUCAUCCUGGCAACCAGCACUAUUCCUGGAACCGUGGCCAGUACCAAAGGCCGCGGAACCACGAUGGUGCCAAGUACCAGGGCACAGGUCAGCCUGACAGAAGCCGUGGGCACCCCUGGAAUCAGCAACGUUCAAGGCCGGCCUGGCUUGUGACUGCUGGGGGGAAUCGGCAUCCCAAGUUUGACCAGCGAGAUGAAUCCGCUGGUCAACAAGUCUAUGGUGGAAACUCAAAUGAAAAUUACCAGAACGGUCAAAGACGACCCAAUGGCAUCUAUGAAGCAGAUGGUGAUGUGAAAAUGGUCGAUGUCUUUUCAUCGGAUGAAACAUCGGAUGCAUCACUUGGGGUACGGAACGAAUUCCACGUUCCAGUAUCUGCCAUUCAUGGACACCCAGUCACUCGAUAUUGA